CUACAUUAGCCAGCGCCGAACCCGCCAUUUUGUCUGCAACAUAGCCAAGAGUCUCCUCUCAGCUCGAUCUGCAUUCGAUCAUGUCAUCCUUCGGUUGGCACCGCCUCGGAUACAAGGUUGUACCGGCGACAGAAGCUGAUGAGCCGCCCGCGUGGGGCUACUUUCCAUCUGAGCAAUACCUCAUCAGACACUGGGACCACACCGCUGCGUCCGUCACCCCAGUCCAGCAGCGUCUGCGUCUUGUCCGUGCCUUUGUCCAAGAAGAUACCCCCGGCCCAGAGCUGUUUAGUGCCUUGGGCAGGGAAGGGGUUAUCUCGCGCCCGCCAAAUGAAGAAGAAGUCCGCACGAUCCUCGAGCCGUGGAGGCCGACUCGCCUUCGAAAUGUAGCUCGCAUGUUGCUGAGUCUCCGAAACAGGCACCAGAAUGAACCAGUGUUUGCACGCACCUGGUACGCCGGCGGAAGCGCCGACGAACAGAAGAUGAGGGACUUUCUGGCUGAUGACGACGGAAUCACGACUGAGCCUCUAGUCAACGAGGAGGAUUAUUGGUGGAGAGUUCUGAACGACAUAUCGCUCUUUGACGUGGGCGAGGACUGGGCGCAGAUCUAUGAUAUCCUGCCCGAGGUGAUCAAGGUUACACCCGACAGGAGUCUAAAGCCCGACAUGGGUCAAAUCAUGUCGAAAUUGGAUAGUACGCGGAGUUACGGACAGUCAAGGCUAGAGAGAGUCGCCGACGCCGUGCAAUAUGAAGCUCUCUCGGGAGCCUCGGUAGUGCUCUUCGACAAGACAUUCUUCGAGAGCGGCCAAGCCCGGCUCGUGUUCCUGGAUAAAAAGGGCCACGAGGUCAGGUGCUCAAGGGUCGUUGGGGACGACAUUGUAUAUCUGGACAUGGCACACUUUCGCGGGAAUGUCGAGAGUCAGGAGUGCUGGGAAGAUGGUGAGGUCGGUCCGUUGUACAAGCCAGGGGGUUCGAUUGGAAGCAAGUUCUACGGCGUAGCGGAUGACCAUCCCUAGGCAGCCUCGGUACGGAGUAGAGGGUGUCUAUAUCGAGCCAGGUUAGUGUACAUAGAUGAACGCACACGCUGACCGGUACUUACGUUAGAAGCGAGACGACCACGAACCCUAAUAAACGCCAAGACGUAUGUGACGCUGCAAUGCAACUCG